AUGUUCCCAUCACUUUUCUUUGCCAGUAUCCUGGCCGCUGGCAUCUAUGCCCAAUCAAUCCCCGACCCUGCUCUCACGGCCAACGGGGCCUUCCAACACCUCGGCUGCGUGGCCAUCAGGCCUGGAACCUUUCCUCGACAGUUCAACCUGGGCCAGACGGGAUGUGCUUCAACUUGCUCAUCGAACGGAAAUAUCAUCGGAUUUCGUGGAAACAGCUGUGUCUGUGACCGGCUUGACCUGUCCGAUCGCCCUAUCACCUACCGCGUUGUCAAGGUUGACAAUGCUCUCUGUACUCAAUGGUGCGACCCAGCCGACAAGUCCAAGGGGACAUGCGGAGGCGCCUCGGUGCAAGGCUGGCCCAUCUACGAUCUAUACAAGAGAAACAACGCCCAGAUCGUUUAUGAGAACUUCCCGAGUGCUACACCAACUCCCAUGUCAAGUGCCUACCCUGUUCAGACUGGCGGACCCAAGCCCGGCGACGUCUGGCACGAAUGCCCCCCAAACGUUGUCAACUGCCCUUACCGCAACAAGUGUCCCAGUGGGAACUGUCAUCCUGUCCACAAGCCCAUUGUGAAGUCUUGCUAUGGGUGUUCUUACAACGGUACCGGUAACUGGACGGCUCCUACUUGCCCCCCUGGUGGCUGCGGCAAUGGUGGUAAGCCUGCUCCUGCGCCCGUGCCUGUUCCCGUCCCCGUCCCCAACCCUCCUUGCAAGAAAUGCAACAAUGGAAACGGAGGCAAUGGAGGUAAUGGCGGAAACGGGGGCAACGGUGGAAAUGGAAACAAUGGAGGAAACGGUGGUAACGGAGGCUCUGGGGGUAACGGCGGAGAUGGUGGCUCAGGGGGAAACGGUGGUAGUGGUGGCAGCGGAGGCAACGGCGGGAACGGAGGUAACGGCGGCAAUGGCAACAAUGGAGGAAACGGAGGCUCUGGGGGUAACGGUGGCAAUGGAGGAUCAGGUGGUGAUGACAGCUCAGGCAAUGGCUCUGACGGUCAAAAUGGUUCUGAUGGAAACGGCAACGGAAACGGAGGCGACACAUCUCCUGUCAUCGUCAACUCGGCGAUCAAGAUCCAAAGCGCAAGCUUUAUAUUCUUCUUUCUAACAUUCUCUUUGGCCUUCAUUCUUUUAUAG